UUGUUUCCAUAUGAACUGACUGUUUUUUUUUAUACGGAGUGAAAAAUGGUUUAAGCUUUUUAAGGACAAUUAUAUUUUAUCUAAAGGUAUUGCGACUAUAACAGCUUUAAAAGGAGGCCAAAACACUUCCCUGGCGCGCAUGAGCGUGGCCAGCGCCGCCCUGUCCUUCUCCAAGUCCUCCCUUCGAGUUGUGCGCGAAAUCAAUUACAUCGUACCGCGCGUCGCGCUUACAACGUUGUCGUAACGCGAAAAUCGAUUUCGGAUGCGGUCGCCGCAUGCAGAAGCAGCCAUCGGAAUGCCCCACUGCAAUAUGGUUACGGAAAUAGGCAUGACAUCGCCGUCGCACGGUCGCUGGCGGAUUAUCCUACUUUUCCUCCUGGCCGGAAUAGCGCUGUGCACCAUGAUUCCGGGCUGCUCGGCCACGGACACGGACAUUGCAUUGGAUGCCAAGGCCACGCUGAAUCACCGCAUUCAAAGUCUUGAUCUGCUCGUCUUCGUGUUCCUGCUGGCCCUCACCGUCCUAACCAUUUGGCUAUUCAAGCACCAUCGCGUCUCCUGGUUGCACGAGACCGGGCUGGCUGUAAUCUACGGCCUCAUUGUGGGUGCUAUUAUACGCUAUGCCGGCACGGCCAACACCCUCGUCCAUAUGCAGGUAGAGCCGCAGGGUACGCCGACAUACAGUGAUAAACUGCCGCCCGAUACGCUUUGGUUUAAGUACCCAGUUAAUCAGACGAAUGGAACUAAGCUACCGGAGGGCAUUAAGACGUAUGCCUAUGUCUUUCGUGGCCAGGUGCACGACGUCGAUGAGAAUGAAAUCGAUUUGAAAGCCACAUUUGAUCCCGAAGUUUUCUUUAACAUCAUUUUGCCGCCCAUCAUCUUCUACGCGGGAUAUAGUCUGAAGAAAAAAUAUUUCUUCCGCAAUUUAGGGGCCAUCCUUACCUUUGCCAUUGUGGGUACCACGCUGUCGGCAUUCCUAAUCGGCGGCUUCAUGUACGGCUGUGUGAAGCUGAUGCCAAAGUACUUGAGCAGCAGCUUCACAUUCCUGGACACUUUAUACUUUGGAGCCUUGAUAUCACCCACAGAUCCGCUCACCAUUCUGGCCAUAUUCAAUGACCUUCGGGUCGAUGUUAAUCUGUAUGCGCUGGUCUUGGGCGAAUCUGUGCUCAACGAUGCAGUUGCCAUUGUCCUCAGCGGAGCCAUACAGAACUAUGGCGAACAUUAUUCCAACACGGGGGAAUUCGAAACCACGGCUUUCCUACGCUCGUUAAGCGAUUUCUUCUCAAUCUUCCUGUUGUCACUGAUGAUAGGCGCCGCCAUGGGCUGUUUGACAGCACUGAUGACCAAGUUUACGCGAGUGCGCGACUUUCCGUUGCUGGAGUCGGCUCUCUUCGUGCUGAUGAGCUAUAGCACCUUUUUGCUGGCGGAGGCCACCGAACUUACCGGAGUGGUCGCCGUGCUCUUCUGUGGCAUCUGCCAGGCACACUACACGUACAACAAUCUGUCGGAGGACUCGAGGCAACGCACCAAGCAAAUUUUUGAGUUACUUAAUUUCCUCGCAGAGAACUUCAUAUUUUCUUACAUCGGUGUGUCGAUGUUUACCUUCCCCAAGCAUCACUUUGACGCUGGUUUUAUCAUAACCGCAUUCAUCUGUGCCGCUUUGGGAAGAGCCGUGAAUGUCUACCCUUUAUCCUGGUUGCUUAACAUUAAGCGAAAGCCCAAAAUCUCGCCAAACUUUCAGCAUAUGCUGUUCUUUGCUGGACUGCGUGGUGCUAUGUCCUUUGCACUGGCUAUCCGGAAUACAGUGUCGGAUGCGCGACAAACAAUGCUGACCGCCACAUCGCUGAUUGUCAUCUUCACGGUGGUUAUACAGGGUGGUGCAGCUAAUUUUCUGCUCAAUUGGUUAAAAAUACCAGUUGGUGUCGACGAUGAGACUGAACAAUUAAAUAAUUAUCAAGUGCACAGUGUUUACAAUUCAAUGGACAAUUCACACCCGCAGACGUCCGAUGGUUAUUUGCAGGAUGUUGAGAACGGCGGCGGAGGCCGCGGGAAGCUUCGCAUGUCCGGAGGAACGGAGUCGAACCUAGACACUCCAGUAGAUGGGCCGAAUGGCAGCUUGGGUGGUACUAACGGAAGGCGCCGCAACAGUCAUGAGAAGGCCAUUCUGGCCAGGAUCUGGGGAAGCUUCGAUACUAAGUACAUGAAGCCCUUGCUCACGCACUCGCGUCCAACUCUCCUCGAGACGCUGCCCGUUUGCUGCAAUCCCAUUGCAAGGCUGCUCACCACAACUCAGCAGCUGACGCAGGAUGGUAGCGAGUUCAGGCGCGUUGACUCCGACUCGGACAUCUGCAUAGACAACGACACUGGGAACAAUGGUCUCAGUCAGCACGACGGUGGUUCUGGGCAAGGAGCAGGAGCCAGCGUCGGGAGGCGCAACUCACUCAGUCGCUCUAUCCAAUUGAACGAAGCUAGUAAUCACUUCGCGAAUGAGCUUAGCCUGGUUACCAAUAAUUUCAUGUAAACAUUUAACUGGAACUUCGAGCGAUUCGACUACAAGUUAUUAUUAUUAUUAAUUGUUUAUAAUGAGUUUGUUUUUGGUUCUGUCUAAUUUUCCUUAAUAAACCUAAUAUAUUGUAUGCGAAACACAGAUGGAGAACCAAACAUGAUUAACCCCGAGUCCCAGAGUCAGAAUAACCAAUUAACAAAGGCUUCUUAUAGCGCACAGAGCAGUUGAGAAUGUUCGUUUUAAUUUCUGUAUUUGUUUCUCAUACUCUAAUUUCUUAGAUUCUAACACGCGACUAACCAUGUAAGUACAAAUUACUUAAUCGCAGCUUAUUUCCUCAGUUCCUUAUCUUCUUCAUUGUACAUAAGUCAUGCAUUUGCACACAUUUUUAUUUAAGAAAACU